AUGGCGCCGGCAUCAACCCUAGUUAACAAGCUCAAAGUGCAGCUCAAGCUGUCGAUCUCGCGCCUACGCAUGGUACAGCAANAAGACACAGCAAUCGCCAAACAGCAACGUCGCGCCAUGGCCCAGCUGCUCGAACAAGGCAAAGACGAGUCCGCCCGCAUCCGCGUCGAGAACAUCAUCCGCAGCGACCUGACCACCGAACUGCUCGAGAUCCUCGAACUAUACUGCGAAUUGCUGCUCGCGCGUGCCGGCCUUCUGGAAGGCAAAGAGUGCGAUGCAGGGCUGGAAGAGGCGGUCAAAAGUAUCAUCUUUGCGGCACCCAGGACCGACGUCAAGGAGUUGCAUAACGUCAGGACACUGUUGGCUGAGAAGUUUGGCAAGGAGUUUGUGCUGGACGCGACGGAGAACAAAGAUGACAAGGUUGCAAAGCGUGUCGCGGAUCGCUUGAGGGUGGAGCCGCCCAAGCCCGAGUUGGUCGAGGCCUACCUGUCGACUAUUGCGGAUGCCUACAACAUCGAUUGGCCCAAGGGUCGUCUAGCGGCUAGGGAAGCGGCCGCCAACCAAGAAGAUGAUGAUGACGAUGAUGACAACCCUAGCGGUGGUCAGAAGGUACCGGCUCUGGAAGCGCCAGAAGGUACAGAGCCACUGGUCGCAGCAACUCCUCCACGCAACUUGGGUCCAAAGAGUCCUGUUAGUGUUGUACCGCCGAGUCCAUCAACGGAUAACGUCUCCCCGCGCAUCAAGCUACCAGGGCCGCCGGAUCUCAAACCUUCGGCUAAGAUGGUAAAGGCAAACAAGCCUGACACGACCGGUCCUGGAGGCAAGAUCCCAGAUGUGAACGAGCUGGCAGCGCGGUUUGCUCAGCUGAAGAGGUAG